CUCGGGCCAACCUGUGCCUCUCGAAAUACACCGGUCCGCAUCCACCUCCUCCCUUCCCUCUCUUAUCCCCCUCGCUUCUCGCGUCGCUCCUCUUCUCGCCUACCUCGCGUCCCCAGUCGCUCGCUGUCGCAGGUCGCGGGCUUGUGCUGUAUAGGCUUUGCAUGCUCUGCGGUGGUGGUGUUGCGGUGCGGAGUCCAUAUCGAUGGUCAUGGACGCUGGGCUGCACGACCUGUGCACGCUGCUGCCUGGAUCCAGGCGCGACGGCCACCUGCCAAUCUACCACCAAAUCGCGGCCGCCGCUCAUGGGUUCACGCCGGAGGAGCUCGAGUCGCUGCUGUUCCUGCCGCCCGAUGGGACUACUGCUGGAGGCGGCGGCUACCUGAAUGUCGCGCCUACUACUGUAGUCCCGGCUGCCUACACAAACCGCGCGUCGCCGCCGAGGGAUGCCUCGGCCUCGGCCGGGCCGGCGGCUUCGGCGGCAGGGCAGGCUCAGCCGGACGACUCGGAGGCGUUCUCGGACAUCGUGCUUGGGUACAUCAACCGCAUGCUCAUGGCCGGGGACAUCGACGAGAAGUUCGAGCACUACCCGGAGCACGCCGCGCUGCUCGCCGCCGAGAAGCCGUUCCUCGAGAUCCUCGCUGACCAGCCCCCGAACUCCGGCGGGAGAGCGGUCGAGAGCCCCGACGGCAGCAGCAUCGCCGACUCCUGCUACAACGCCAGCUCCUGCAACUGCGCCGUGCAGACGCCGGCUUCCGAGUUCCCCACGGCCGCGUUCCUGCAGCCGCCGCAGCUGUAUCAGGAUCUGAGCCCCGAGAGCAGCGUGGUGGAAGCUGGUGGUGCGUGGCCGUACGACCCGACGGAAUUCUACCGGUUCCAGACCAACCCGGUGCCUGAGACCCUGCUCUCGCAGUCGUCGUCGUUCGCGUCAUCGAACGGCAGCGGUGUUACAUUAUCAGACGGCUUUGAGUCGUUGUUGAGCUCGCCUGGUAUCAUGCCGGAUGUUGGCUUCACCGAUUUUGCUGUGCAGAGCCAGCAGGCGAUGCAGUUCUGCCGUGGGCUUGAAGAGGCGAGCAGAUUUCUACCUGACGAGAGUAAGCUUGUGAUUGAUCUCGAGAAUUCGGCAUCUGUUGCAAGCUUUCAGGCUUAUGUUAAGGAAGAGAAGAAGUUUGUGGAGAUCACGACAGAGAAGGCUGAUGUUGAGGCAGCAAUUCACCGAGGAAAGAAGCAUUUAUACGGUGAUGACUUGGAUGCGGAGGAAGGAAGGUGCAGCAAACAUUCAGCACCGGCUAUUGACACCGACCACCUUGUGCGGGAGAUGAUGGACAAGGUCUUGCUAUGCAACGGUGAGACUUGCUCGAAAGGCGUCAAGGAGCUGCGUGAGGCUCUGCAGCAUGAUGUCGCAAAGCAUUCAAACGGGGGCCAUGGCAAGGGCCGUGGAAAGAAACAGCCCAAGAAAGAGGUGGUUGACUUGGAGACUCUCCUCAUCCAUUGUGCUCAGUCUGUGGCCACUGAUGAUCGGCGCAGUGCCACUGAGCUCCUGAAACAGAUCAGACAGCAUGCGUCUCCCAACGGUGACGGUGACCAGCGUUUGGCGCACUGCUUCGCCAAUGGUCUUGAGGCGAGGCUUGCUGGUAAUGGGAGUCAGGUUUACAAGUCCUUCACAAUGAGAAGGUUUGCAUGCACUGAUGUGCUGAAAGCCUACCAGCUUUAUUUGGCAGCUUGCCCAUUCAAGAAGAUCUCUCAUUUCUUUGCCAAUCAAACAAUUUUGAAUGCUGCGGAGAAGGCAAAGAAAGUUCACAUUGUCGAUUUCGGCAUAUACUAUGGCUUUCAGUGGCCAUGCCUCAUUCAACGGCUAUCUACUAGGCCUGAUGGUCCUCCAAGACUUCGGAUCACUGGAAUCGACAUGCCUCAUCCUGGUUAUCGCCCAGCAGAGCGUAUAGAGGAGACAGGAAUGUAUCUAAAAGAUUAUGCUCAGACCUUCAAUGUCCCUUUUGAGUUCCAAGCCAUCGCAUCUCGAUUUGAGGCAGUCCAGAUAGAGGAUCUCCACAUUGAGAAGGAUGAGCUGCUGAUCGUCAACUGCAUGUUCAAGUUCAAGACGUUGAUGGACGAGAGCGUGGUGGCCGAGAGUCCAAGGAACAUGGUCUUGAACACAAUCAGGAAGAUGAACCCGCAUCUGUUCAUCCACGGGAUCAUCAAUGGUUCUUACAAUGCACCAUUCUUCGUGUCACGCUUUCGGGAGGCCUUGUUCCACUACUCUGCUAUCUUUGACAUGCUGGAGAUGAACAUUCCGAGGGACAACGAGCAGAGGCUGCUCAUCGAAUCAGCUCUGUUCGGGCGAGAGGCAAUCAAUGUGAUGUCCUGCGAGGGACUGGAGAGGAUGGAGAGGCCGGAGACAUACAAGCAAUGGCAGGUGCGGAAUCAGAGGGCUGGGUUCAAGCAGCUGCCAAUGAACCAGGACAUCAUGAAGCUUGCAAGAGAGAAGGUUAGAUGCUACCACAAAGACUUCAUCAUCGACGAGGACAACAGGUGGUUACUGCAAGGGUGGAAAGGGCGCAUCUUGCUGGCGCUCUCGACAUGGAAGCCAGAUCACCGAUCUUCUUCCUAGCUUGAGCUUUUAUAUGAUUGCAGAGUACUGUAAAUGGAGACCUGUUCAUAUUUUUGGAUGCUUGGGCUCAUUGUUCCUAGACUGCAACAUAUAGCUAGAUGAAGGACCUACCACAUUGCUAUGGUUUCUGCAUGUUAGGUACGGCCACAUAUGGUUAGUUUUUGUCAGGAACAGUUAGUGCAUUUUUUGAUGGAGCAGGCUAGGUAUGUUAAUUAUGCGGUAGACCUAGGAUUGUUUCAUGUAUGGAUCAGUCUUAUGAAAUCUUGUAUUAUAUCUCUUCCCGAUUAAUCAGUGUUGUCAGAAGUUUUGGACU